CACAGUUUGCGCCUCCGAUUCAGACGGUGGGUAUUGCCCUUGUUGUUUGCCAUGUCCUACAGCCCUUGUUCGCGCGAGUUGUCCGAAGGAUGUCCCGCUUGGCUCAGCUGCUGCGGCAAUUCCAGUUGCCUCCGGGGGCCAGCGGUGCCCAACUUCGCCAGGCGUAUUUCAGGCAGGCAAAGAAAUUGCAUCCAGAUCGCAACCCCCACGGACAAGCUGCACAGGAAUUUUCUCAACUGCGGGCAGACUUUGAAGAAGCGUUGCAGCUUCUGGAACAGCAGAAAACCCUGAAGUCCAACUUCACUGCCGAUGCUGCUUUCACAGACAGCGGGCCCAACACCUACGGCAACACCUACGGAGUCUACGGUGAGCCUGGACUCAAUGAGAACCAAAGAUGGUCUGCUGCAGCGUGGGCUGCGCGGUCGCAGGAGCCACCAGGUUUUAAAUUCCAACGAAGCAUGAGCUCCUCUUGGUCUUCCCCUCCGCGGCAAAGCCCACGCGGAGUUCCUGUGGAAGGGUUGCCACAAGACAUGGUGUACACGAUCGCGGGAGCCCUUUCUGCUGGGUUUUUCUUGCUUGGAAUUUGGAAGUUUCUGACAUCAGAAAGUAUUGGUGUGCGUCACCGUUUGGGGCCGGAGUGGCUGCGUCCAGAUGGUCUUCACCACUUCUCCCGGGGUGACGCAUCGCCGAAGCUGCGAAGUGCUCUCGAAGGAUCCAAGAAUUCCAAGGACCGUCCUGACUUUGUGGCACCCAUGGCCGCACAUCAUGCGGCUGCCCUGGAUCGAGUUUGGUGGUUGGAGCGCUGUGGAGCAACUCCAGGCUGUCGUCCUUUCUUGAGCUCCAAAGAUGAGCGGGGAGACACACCUCUCCAUCACUGUGCUCGCACAGGUCACAGCGAGGCUUGUUGCGCCCUGCUGCGACAUAAUGCGGAGCAAACUGUGAAUCAUUUUGGCCUGGCUCCACAGCAGCUGGCACAACAACUUGGACACAAGGACAUUGCAGUGCUGCUUCGUUCUUGGACCGGAUCAGCAGCGACAGAUCCAACUGCCCUCGCUGCCAGACGCCGCGUGGCGCGGCACCCGGAUGGCUUGGGGCAUUUGGCAGUGCCAGAGGAUGGAGUAGACUUUGACUUCGAUGCAAAAGAAUGCCUCAAGCAAGCAGUCAAAAUGGCUGGCUUCGACAUCGAAGUGCCCAAUGAAGAGCACAGCAAGUGGGUCGAGUCGCUCUUUGAGCUGAGGACUACUCUGGAGAUUGAAGCCGGAGAAGGUUUGGUGGUUUACGAGAACCCGGGGCAAGUGACUGCUGAUGCCAAAGGGCACUGGUAUGCCCUACGCCGUGGCAAGGAACACUUCUAUCGCCUGGAUCCCGUGCGGGGCUGUUUUGCUCUCACGGCUUCCGAAGCAGCAGAGCUGCUGCAGAGAUACCGAGCUUAUGGCCGGCGCGGAAAAGCUGUUGGAGUUUGUUGGGGCGAACAAGCCACGGCAUGGCAUGAUGGCAACUGUAGGCUUGAUAGUCAUGGCCUGAUGGUGAUGGUGACGGCUUAUUUGUGCUUCGUCUUUGACCGUGAAAUGCCAGUGGUCAGACGAUUGCACUGCCAAGGGCUUCUUGAGGCACCAGCUGAACAAUCCCUGCGAUGACCAGUUCGAGGACUACAAAGCUUGCAUCCUGGAGGAGUUAUCUGCUCGUGGACUGCGGAUAUCCGGCCGCCAACCAAAUGAGAACAGCUUGCUCAGAAGUGACGAAACUACAAAGUAAAAA